AUGUCCGAAAUGACAUCCAUCAUCUUCAACGGCACCUCUCUCAUAAACGGAACCUCCAUUCUCAUCAACCCCACAAUUCAAUAUCACAUCUACAGCACCACAAUCAAAGGCGACAUCAUAAUCAACGGAACCGAAUAUGUAUGCCGAAAAGACAUCGCCACAGUAACCGCCAUGAUCACGAUGGUAGGGGUCGCUUUUUGUACCCUAGUGCAGCAAGUAAUUAUUGUCUUCGUGUUGUAUGCUCUUUUGAGAGCGAAAAAUCGCCUCCGCGAAGAUCGGAAGACAUUUCAAACGAUAUUGUCGAAUCGGGUGAGUUAUAGCAGUGGUUAUCAGCUUGAUACUUCAUGCAUAAAACAUCCUUCCAAUCAACUGUUUCCAGUCGAAGAAAAUGAAGAAACCCGAAAUCAUCUCGUACAACUGAAGCAGGAGGAAACUGCUUCCAUUGAUUUCGCCUAUCACCGCGGAGAUCUUGAGAAGAAGAGAAAUCAAGAGUAG